CGCUCAUCGUCGAUGUCAUGCUACGCCGUCGCUGCUGCCGAUGCGGGCUGGACCCACAGCCAAGUCGUCUCGUCUGGUCAAACAACAACAGAAAACGAUUGCCAAUCGACCUCGACCCUUGUCCUCCCUACCUUUGCAUCGCUGUCAUCUUCCUACCGCCUCCAUCUUACCUUGUCCCUCUUGCGCCCGCAGAUCUCAGCGCCCGCGGAUCUCAGCGCCCGCGAAUCCCAUCGCCCUCUCUUUGUUCGUCAUCCAUCGCCUCACCCUGAUCACCGCGCUGUGCUGCGCACUACCUCCUCCACCGACGAGCGCUUUGAGACUACCUUGUCUCCUCCCUUCGGGCACGCCGAUUGUUGGCGUCAGCGCGGGCUGUCGCCGCCGCCGCCGCCCCUUUGUUCCUCAUUGACCUCGAAGAGCAUCCACCGCUCGUGGUUAGGCGCGUCUACGCGUGAGGGCAGCUAGCUAGGUAGAGAAGAGACCAACACUUAAUCAGGGCAGCGAACAA